AUGGAGCAACUCACAAAGGUAGCAGAUCUCAUACUACAGAUCAUACAGAGCAAAUCGAGCGAAUACAUCAAUAAACCCUUUAUCAAGGCAUUCGCUCAGCAAAUCAAGGACUUUGCAAUCGCGCAAGGCGAGCAUACAGAUAUACUAGUUAAAUUCAAGGGGCUGCUUAAGCACAUCAAAAGUAAUAUUACUAUAGUCUGUGCGACAACUACACAAAUAUCACAAUCAAGCAAGGAAUCGGGCACGUCAACAACAUCUGAUUCCACUAUCUUUUGGAAAACGCACCAAGCGCAGGCCUGGCAGGCAGCCAUACAAAGCGCGAGCUCACCUCAGUCCCAAAGUGCCAGUUCAUCCACUCCCAGGGUCAGCCAUGUUGAGCUGGGCAUGGACAGCGAAAUCGUGGUCAAGAUUCGCGACGAUUCGGAACGUGCACACGUCAAAAAGCUGCAACCAAAGGACAUCGUGGACCAUGCCGAGCGAGCUAGGGCUCACGCAGCAAAGAGCACUCCAAGCCUAGCUCUCGCGGGUCACGGAUUCAAGGCCGCACGUCAAUUGUCAUCCGAUAAUAUCAGUCUCCGCGCAAGCCAUGCCGCAGGAGCCGAGGUCCUUCGGAAGCACGCUGGAAGCUGGGUUACGACCUUUAGCAAGUCCGCGUACGUGCGUGUUCCUACGUGGGGAAUCGUCAUUAACGGCAUCCCCGUACGACACGUAGAGAGGAGCGAAGAAUUCAAGCAGGAGCUGGCUGCAGAGAACACCAACUGGGGCCAACCAGGGUUCGAGGUCGAGAUCGCAUACGUGGGCUGGCUAACGAAACCACGAGGCUACUCUGGCUCACUCAUCGUUGAGUUCACGAGCCCCGUAGUAGCUAACAAUGCCAUUGCUAGCGGGACGGUGUGGCGUGCCCAUUCACUCACCAACAGGCCUUAUUACCGAGAAGGACGGGUGAAGAUGUGCCGGAAGUGCCAACACUACGGGCACGUACAAGUUCAGUGUCCCAACCAGAAAUAUAUAUGCGGUCUCUGCGCGGACGAGCAUCCAACCUGGGAAUGCCCGUCCAAGCAGAAUAGGAAUAUUGCAUAUAAAUGCGCCAAUUGCAAGGGGUCUCACAAGGCCGCCAGCGCGGACUGUGAGACUCGGCAACGUGAGAGCACACGUGCACGUCAGGUGGUCAGUAUGGGCACAGGACACCGCGUUCCACAGUUUCUACAAGCAAGAAUGAUUAAGCAUAUGGCCUCUGGGCCAACGCCUGCCGAGGCAGCGCAGAUUACCAAAAAGACUACGCAGGCCCAGAAAAAGGCCGUCAAAAAGACCACGACAAAGGGUAAGAAAGCAACGACAACAGCGGAAUCAAUGCCUGAGUCAACUCAAGCGCCAAUUCGCGAAGCAGCACCAAUUCCCGAAUCAGCACAUGAGCCCGAAGCAGCUGUUCCAACAAUUGAGCAACCCCCCGUCCAAGGUCCUGCCAAAGCGGUAUCAUUCCAACCUGAGAAACGGUCCCGGGGACGACCUCCUAAGUCCAAAUCGUCCACCAACGAGGACGAAGCAGCAAAGCCCCAGGAAUAUAUUGAUACUGCUUUGAUAGCUAGCCAACUAGCUACUAUCAAUCCAGCUCAACUCAGUAAUCACAGUAUAGCCGCGUCAACAGCGCCAGCGCUAACGAUAACGCGGAAAUCGUUACGCUCACGAGGCCUCAACCAGCCAGUUGAUAUGCGCAAUGACCCGGAACAGCCUCUCCGGGAGCAACGCCGCCGUGAGCGGACUCAGUCUCAAUCGUACGAUAACACGCCGUUGCCACCACUACCGCCAAUGGAUAUGAAUAUCGAUAACCAGAACGUCGUACUGAAUAGCGCACCGAGCUAUCAAGAGAUUGAUAGCGGAGAGCUCAAUUCCAACUCCGGACGAGCUCUUAUAAGUACACUGUUCGAGAUCCUGCAGUACAACACGCAUAAAUCAAAAGACAAGGUCAUGGCCACCUUUCUCCAUGACCCCGAGGUCCUCAAAGCAUCGAUUAUCGCAAUUCAAGAACCGUGGAGGAAUGAAUACGACGACACCACGCACCAGCCCGCGAGAAUGACCCACCAAUUGCUUCACCCCAAGGCCAUGGACGGCGUACGAGCACGCAUGGCGCUGUACAUCAACAAGAAAAUCGAUCCCGCCAUGUGGACACACACCACAGUAUCACCAGAUUAUCAGAUUCUACACCUACAGCAUCUACAUAACGAGACGCUGCAUAACCUCUAUAUCCACAAUAUAUAUAACAACACUAGAUUAUCUACAUUCGAUCUGCUCCACCAAGAACUUACCCAAAUCAGACACUCCCUAACCACAGAGCACCUAGUCCUCGGGGAUAUGAACAUACACCAUCCCGCAUGGGGUGGCCCGGGCACGAGAACUGAUAGCAAAGGCACUGAAUUACUCAAAAUCGCGGACUAUCACGAUUUAGAGCUCGCCACCGAGGAAGGCACCGUCACGUGGGAACGUGGCCAAUCUAAAUCCACAAUUAACCUCACAUUCUUGUCCAUGAGCCUUUUCAACCGCCUCAUCCUGAUAGAGCGCGCGGAUACCAUACAACACGACUCUGAUCACUGGCCAAUUCGUACAAGGAUUGACAUUCAAACCCCAAUCAAAGAACCUCCGCAGCGCCAGAAUUGGAAAGCUACUGACAUGGAGAAGCUUACUAAAAUAUUGGAGUGUGAUAUCAUGGUCCCAGAUCUUGGGAAUACCUCUAAAUCUCACAUUGAGCUCACCACUAUCGCGUUUACCAGCACAAUUCGACACGCAAUUGACCAAUCCGUCCCGUGGGCGAAGCCCAGCGAAUGGAGCAACCCUGAUUUUACCCCAGAAUACAAAGAGGCAGUACGGACAUGCCGCCGCUUACGCCACUUACACUCCAAUACCCACAAUCCGUGGAUCUGGCGCGCGUAUCUACGUGCACAGAAUCACAAGAAACGACUCGUGAGCAAGUCCUUGAGGCUAGGCCAUCGCCGCCGUGUCCAGCAAGCUACCGAACAAGGUCCGUUAGGUCUAUGGAGGCUAGCGAAGUGGGCACACUCACGUAAAGGCGCGUACGAAUCAGGGAUCACACCAACAUUGAAAGCACCCAACGGUGAUACCGCGGAAUCAGUUGAGGAUAAGACGGCGCUUCUUAGCGAAGCCUUCUUUCCCCAGAUUCCUGAGGCAGACCUAUCAGAUAUCAGCAAUGCUGAAUAUCCCGAGCAGCUGUCGUUCCCCGAGAUCCCACGUCACGAGAUUGAGCGUGUGAUCCACUCAACACCACCAGACAAGGCUCCGGGUGAGGACUCUAUCCCUAAUAGCUUUUGGCACCUAAUAGUGGGCAUCCCUGUGGUGCUUGAUACGCUCUAUCAGAUAUAUAACACAUAUAUUCAGACAGGCUACAAUCCAUCUCACUUCCAACAAUCGAUUACAGUAGUACUACGGAAGGCAGGCACAGACCGGGAUUAUACAACACCAAAAGCGUAUCGUCCCGUGGCCUUGCUCAACACGAUAGGGAAAUUCCUUGAAGCUAUCGUGGCGCGUAGAAUCAGCUACGCUAUGGAAUCAGAGGGUCUGCUCCCACAAGGCCAUCUCAGAGGCCGCGCGUACGACAACGCGCACCACUUACGACUACUGCACAAUAUGCGAAAACAGCGCCUCGGCCACUUUGUGCCGUGGGUGACCGCCUUUCUCACUGGACGAAGCACCAAGAUACGCAUCCCAGAGGGCAUAUCAGAUACGAUCUCUACGCCAACAGGCAUUCCGCAGGGCUCACCAAUAUCACCGAUUCUGUAUCUCAUUUACAACUCCGAUUUGGUGGAGGACUGCGCGGAUCCGCCCAACCAGGUGUUUACGAGCGGAUGGGUCGACAACAUGGGAAUGAUUGCUGCGGGCUACAGCGAGAAUGAGACUAUUGAAAAGCUUCAACACGCCAGCGCUAUUGCAGACCAAUGGGCUCUACGCCAUGCCUCAGUUUUUGACAAAAAGAAGUAUCAACUCAUCCAUUUUAUGAAUCCGCGGAGUGAUCUCACUCCGAAUUCACAACCCAUCAUAUUGCAGGACAGUACAAUAAGGCAGACAAGCAACGCAGUCAAAUAUCUCAGAAUCUGGCUUGAUUCCAAGCUUACGUUUGAGACACACCGCGAAAAGGCGGUUGCCAAAGCCGGCACCAGCUUGGAAGCACUACGAGGACUAGCAGGAUCGACAUGGGGAGCAGCAUUGGGAUCGAUGCGCCGCAUCUAUCAGGCGAUAGUGAUUCCGCAGAUGCUCUACAGUGCUGCGGCGUGGUAUCAACUAGGGAAUAUGGCGCAGAGCCAACUCACCAAGAUCACAUGA